GCAGCGUCGUGCUUCCCGGGCCGGCGCGUACUGCGCACAAGAUGGCGGCUCCCAUGGAGUUGAGGUGCUGGGGAGGCGAUUGGGGGCUGCCGUCCCUGCACCCGGAGUCUCUAACCGUCAUGGCUUAUGCUAGAUUUUCUGGUGCUCCUCUAACAGUGAAUACUUUAAAUAACUCUUGGAGAGCUCCAAAAGGAAAUGUACCAGCCCUGGUAACAGAAGACACUGUUAUUUCUCAUCCAGCAAAAAUACUGAACUUCUUAAGAAAGCAGAAAUAUAAUGCUGAUUAUGAAUUGUCUGCAAGACAAGGAGCUGAUACACUUGCAUAUGUUGCACUACUUGAAGAAAAAGUGCUUCCUGCUCUGCUGCACACUUUCUGGGUUGAGGCUGAAAAUUACUGCAGUGUGACAAAGCCAUGGUUUGCCUCAAGGUUUGCCUUCCCAGUGAGUUUGUAUCUACCUGGAAAGAUGUCCAGGGAAGCACUGAACAGGAUCUUGGUGACCAGGGGCGGGCCUCCUCUCUACAGUCUCACUGAAGUGGAAGCACAGAUAUACAGGGAUGCCAAGGAGUGCCUAAAUCUCCUGUCGAAGAGAUUGGGAACAUCUCAGUUUUUCUUUGGAGAUACGCCUACCACCUUGGAUGCCUAUGUGUUUGGUUUCCUUGCACCAAUUUAUAAAGUAUGCUUCCCCAGAGUACAAUUACAAGAGCAUUUGAAACAGCUUCCCAAUCUAUGUCGAUUCUGUGAUGAUAUUUUAACUUGCUACUUCAGGUUGACUGUUUCAGGCCAUUCUCCAGCUGGACAGGAUACAGCAGAUGCUAAUCUGCAGAAACUCACACAGCUUGUAAAUAAGGAAUCCAACUUGAUUGAAAAGAUCGGGCUCUCAUUAUUUCUCUGCAGAUGGAUGACAACCUUCGUAAGAGUCCUCAGCAUCCCCCUCGAAAGCUAACAACGCUCAAGCUUGCUGCAGGUGGAGAAGAAACUAGUCCGUUGAAUCGUUUGUCACCUUGACAUCUUUUGUUGCCCAUACACAUGUGUUUGCCUUCAACUUUUCUGAGCACCACAGUAAAUUUUUUCACAAGAAUGUUGUUUUGCAAGGGAAGAAUCUUAUAAAAAGUACAAGUAGGGAAGAAAUACAUUUUCACUAUCUACCUGUUCUUUUAAUAAAUUGCAUAGUUCAGGCUGACCACACACUAAACUGAGGCUAAAGUAAGCAAGAGCCUUAUUCCUGCAGAUGUUAAAAGUGAUUUUGUACAGCAUAUUUUUGCCUUUAGCCUAGCAGCAAUGUUGUCCAAAAGUUAAAAUUCAACUUACGGAAUGCUCACCAUUAUUUUAUUUUGUGGCUUUUGAUUUUACUGUAAUCAUGUUACUGUAUGUGUGUGGGUAUACUCUUGUUUUGUCUGAAAAUUACACAGUCCAGUUGCAGAAACAGUGAAAAGACUGGGAAGAAAAUGAAACACUGCCCCUCAUGGCAGCUGAGAAAUGAAAAGCAAUGAAAGGAAGUUAAAAGAUUUGGACUUUCAUGAACACUCACGUCUUGUGUUUUAAGGUGGCUUGUAUUUUUGAAAACUUGUCAUGUUGUACUUUGGGGAGGGAUUGUUGAGAAGUGUGGGUGCUAUGGGGAGUGCAAUGAUGUACCAUACUAACAUUUCACAGGUACCUGGUACUAGUCCUGUGUGAAACGGGCUUAACCUGUGCACAGUGAUACCAUGUGCUGCAGAACUGUUAAGUCAAAAUCACAGAGAACUGGUAGUGAGAUGGGGAGGUUUGAUUAGUUCUUGUGAGGACAGGAGACUUGACUAGAAAACAUAAUUCAGUUCUGGAUUCAUAGGAACUGGUUAGGGCUUUAUAAGAAGGCUGAUGUUGGCUUUUAAGUUGGUUGCAGAUGCCUUUGGAUUAAUUUUGUCUUAUUUUUUUGCAAGCACUGCAGUUAAUUAAAAAACUAAAAUAAAAAAUGUCCAAAUUUCUAUUGUUUGAAACUCUAGUUCAGAGUUAUAUCUCUGCAGACUAAUACAUUACAGUGUGUAUUUCUUCUGUUUAAUUAAGGGACUUGUAUCUCAUUAGAUUUUCUCUUAGCAGCAUCCUUGCCAGUUCUAGAGACCCAAACAAUUCCGUUACAAGAGAAAUGCUCUAAUUCUCUGCUGGCAGAUGCUUCAUGAGUAGGUGUCAAGGAGACUGGCCAAAAUGGGAGCGCUUGGGAUACAGAAUUCCAGUAGCUGUUUAUAUGGGAUGACUGUUCUGUUUUUUUCUUUUUCUGGCCAAAUCAAGAUAGUUUUUCAGCUUCUCUUUAGCUACUGGUUCUAUGAGAUACAUAGAUAAAUUAUUUCCUGUUCAUAAAUACAAGACUUGUAGAUUGUGUACAUACUGUACUUUCAGACUCGUAAGGAAUGUAAUAUCUUUAACAUUUCUUAAUUGAAAUGUUGGGUUUCUAAUAAGCACUUUAAAAUAAUGUUUAAGCUUCAUAAUUUUACUAGAUCAUUUGUUUCAGUGAUUUUAAAUUAAUCUAGUUCAUACUUAUGAUAGUUGUACAAACCGUCUGUCCACUACAUUUAAAAUUUUUACUGCCUGUAUCUUGACAAGGUUUAAAUGAGAUCAAGUCACAUGGCUUUUCAGAGUCUUUGAUUUUUAAUCGUGGCUAUGGAGAAUAUGCCUUAGUUUGUCACUGUUGCGAAUAUGUACACUCAGUCUUCAAAAUCUUUGUAACAAGGUCAUUGUUCCAAAAUUAAAAUUUCAGAUUUUUAGUGGA